GUUUAUAGGAAAUGAAUUGGUCAACAUUUUUCGGAACGCUUCUAUUGGCACGACUGUAAGUAUUCUGAAAAUAUCCAAAUAUACAUCAAUUGUUCAAUAUUGUUGCAUCGUCAGAUAAUGAAACCUCUUGGAGACGUCCACAAAGAAACUUUAGAUGUGAAGUCCAUGGUCACAAGUAAAGUGACCAAUUAUUGCGUUAUCGCGGUACGACAACGCAUGUGCUGUUUUAUCAAGAAUCUGCUAUCCUUUAAUCUUUAAUCUUUAGUGCCAAAAGAUAUUGCAUGUCUUUAGUGCCAAAAGAGACGACAGUGGGACGUACAGAUGUGAAGCGAAAAGCCAUGAAGUUGCAAAGAAUGACACAGAAAUUGAAUUUAUUGUAAAUUGUAAGUAUAUAGUUGGUACUGUAUACUACGCAUCGCAGUAGUCGGUUGAGACCUGCAUGCAUGUUUGUUGCAUUUUAAAAUCAUCAGGACGGCCCAAUCCUUCCUCAUUCUUCCUUCCCUUCUUCUUGCAUACGUAUAUAUUCUGAUCAAACGGUACAUAACAUGGAACUACAAUUGCUAUUUGCUUUUAUAAUUGUUAUGAUCUGUCGGGCUCACUUCUCUUAAUGGCAAAUAUCAAUGACAAUUUGAUUGCUAUUGAUAAUGUUGUCACAUGUUAUAAUUAUGCGCCGGCGUAAAUCAGCCCAAUGUAUCGAAUCUUGUUAAAAGUUCCUCUAAGUGUUACCAUGAUAUUAGUAACUUAGUUAACUAUGGUGACUAUAGUAUCCAAUUUUUGGUUUUAAUAAAACGGCAGGUAAACAUCAACACUCGAAAAUACUUGAUUUAACAAACGUUAACAUUAGAAAGCAGUCUCAAUUUCUCUACAGAUCCACCUGAAAAUGUAAAGCUGAUGUUGACAAGGAGUGGUAAAUCAGCUACAAUCAGAUGUACAGCUGAAGCUCGUCCUUCAGCAAGUUUCAAAAUAUUCCUGAAUCAAACUAAGAUAGUAGCCCAAACUGAGCAAAUACUUAUUACACCUGAAGUAAAAAAGAAUCAUGUUGGAUAUUAUACAUGUUUUGCAAGGAAUUUUUUGGGAAAUGAAUCUUCAGAUCGUGAAUAUUUAUCCCCUGAAGGUAAGAUUACAGUAUUUCGCCAAUUUGUCUGGGUAUAAAUAGUCUGGUAAGAAUUGCUCCAAACUGUAGCUAUAUGUGUACACCGACAAUGGGGUAGGAACAUCUUUUUUACAUUCAGAUUUUAUUGACAUUACUUUCAUUUUCAAAAGCAUGCAGGACCACUAGCAACACAUCGAACGACGAAAGGCAACGGAAUAGAUCGCGGAAUACCACAGUUUUUUAAAUUUUGUUUUAUAUUUUGUUCAGUAUUAUAGAAUUACUCGAUGAUGCAGUUAUAUUGUUAUUUUUCUUUUUGAUCCCCAUAUAUUACCCAUAGCCAUGUUCUCUCUUUUUUAUAUUUACAUAGACAAAGCAUCUUCGAACAACACGAGUCGUGUAACUGAGUGGUAUAUUGUUGUGCUAUUAUUGGUGUCCGGGAUUAUUAUUGGAAUUCUUCUUUCCUACAUUGUCUCAUGUUCUCGUCGUAAAUUUAGAAGUAGGAAACCUCAUUCAAACCCUGAACCAAGUACAACUGAGGCCGAUACAACUGAUUAUCAAGAGCUUGAUCUUUCACAAACGAACACAGAAGACAAUUAUCAAUCAUUGAGAGUAAAUGCUGCAAUUAAUGAGGAGGAGUCAACAUAUAAUGAGUUGAACACAACCAAAGAUGUGGAGAACAACUAUACCAAUCUUUAACUUGAACUUGGAAUAUUGUACAGAGUUUUCAAAAAAUACUCCCCACUAUGUUUUUUGCCAUUACUGACAUUACUACGACAACUACGUUCGUUUUGACAGCAGUUUCGAAUUUCCAUACUGGGUGAAACAACCAUCAUGAAAUCUGAUACGAUAUGCUUGAAAUUUCAAAGACGCUCCAGCAGGUUAUACAAAUCGGAAUUGUCGAAAAAUUGGGCCUAAAUCGUAGAUAUUCUAUUUUCUAUAAACUGUAAAGAUGGCCACCCUAAAAAUAGACAGUCAAUUUGGACAUGUCAUUUUGAUUGAGAUGAAAUAUGUAAAUAAUAGAUUUACCAUGCAUUCACCACAUUAACGCGCCAACACUGCCGCAGAACCCAUUAAGUAGUUCGGGCGCUUGCAAUGGUCAAAACGAUUAUUCCUUUUUGGAUUCAAAUUAUUUUUGUAUUAUUAAUACGAAAACCACCCUGCUAUUGCAGUAUUGCUGGUUCGAGGCCCGAUCACGCAUUCUUUGAUAUUUAAAGUACAGCAAUAGCACGCGUUCGCAUUUUGCCAAAAUACACUAUUUAAUACCCAAAACUGUUACGAAAUCCCAAGAAUACAUUUUUAAUUUAAUGGACCUUUAAUUAAGAUUAAUAGAUAUACAGUGUAGUUGUCUGCAUGUCAACCUGACGCAAACAAGCAUGUAAUUCUUUUCUGAGUGGGACCGCGACAUAAUACCAAGUUCCGGCACUCGUCAUUAUUCUUUCGUAACUCGAUUUCAAACUCAGCUCGUUCAGUCUGUCUUUCAUUUCUUCAACUUCUCUAGAUACAUCUAGUCCAUCUGUUCGCCGGUCGACCAAGCCGACACUUUCCCAUCGAACACGCCGGCAUCAACGGCGGGCAUGCACUCUCUGUCAACAAAACAUUGAUCAUACUGAGACACAACAGCAAGUCUUCUCUAAUCGCUACACCUAUCACAAUCAACGUAUACUUCUUUGUCUUGAUCAGACAUGGCUUAUCCGCCGCUGAGCAAUAUUACCU